GGCGGGCGAGGCGAAGGGGCGGGACUAGCUCGCGCGCGCGCACGCGCCGGCGACACGACGAAGGCUGGUAGCGGAUAGGCUGGGCCGCCAGGCGGAAGCGGCGCUGUGAUACGUCCAAGGUCAGCUGUUUGUUUUCGCGAUAAGCCCCCCUCCGACACGCACGCUUCUCCCUUCUCCUCCUCCGCCUCCACCACCACCACCCCUACUCCACCGACGCGCGGUGGUUGUAGUCAAAGUGGGAUGUCGCUGCCAGGUGAAAUGCACCCUCGUGCACAUGACUCUGCCGCCCAACGCUGCCUGCCGUCAGUGACACUCCAGCCGUCCUCGCCGACAGUCUCAAGCCACUUCGGUUCGUCUCGGGAUAACGGGUGUGCGGAGCCGACGUGAAACCGCCGACAGUUUACAGUGCAAGCUGACACACAGAGGUUCACUCACUUCUGCUGAAGGAGAGAACGAAGGAGGCACUCUAUACCAGCAAGAGUGCAUAAGGGGCCCGCUGGUCUACCACUAGUAGCACGGAGCACCCCUACAAGUUAGAAAAAAAAAAAAAAAACAGGGGCCAACCUGGUGGUGAGGAUCAGAGACGUGUGGAUGAGGCAGAGUGGUUAGCUCGUCCUUUGGCCUCUUAGAUGACGCUAUGUUGGCCCCCGGUCAGGCCCAGGCCGCCUCUCCACCCGCAUUUCGACCCCGGGUGGGGCGCCGCCAGCAGGGAGCAGGUCCACACCGCCACCGCCACCACCACCGCACGCGACGACAACUCCAAAACGUGACGUCGGGGAGGUCGCCGUCGCCGUGGCUGGUGGACAAGCUGACGAUGACCACGGCGAUGGUGCUGCUGUUGCUGCACAACUUGGCGGUGGUGUCGGCGCUGACCUGCGACCUGUGUCGGCCCUCGUCGUGCUCGCCGCUGCGACCGGACUGUCCCCCGGGUGACGUGGUGCUGGAUGUGUGCGGCUGCUGCACCGUGUGUGCGCGGCAGGUGAACGAGAGCUGCGGGGGAGUGUACGGCCUGCUGGGCCGCUGCGCUGACCACCUGGAGUGUUUUAUCGCGCCGCCACCCGUGGGGCAGGCCAUCACUGGACAUGAGGAGGGAGUCUGCAAAGAAAUCUCUCUGUUCACGUGCAACACGACAGACUGUGAUAAGUCGGACACGGAGUUAUGUCCCCCGGACUCCGAGCUUGUGUUCAGCGCCGCCGCGGAUGUUGCCUCCUACUGCCACUGCAACCUGUCCAGGUGCGCCGUACCUGGCUGUGCCACGGGCUUCACGCCCAUCCUCGUGCAGCAGGGCACCGGGGUGCCUGGCAACUGCUGUGACGAGCACAUCUGCAUAAGGCUGUCAGCCUGUCACCACGUCACGUGCCCACCGGUGUCGGAGGAGGAGUGUCCACAGGACAGCGAGAGACUGCCGCCAGUGUGGACAGAUGACGGUUGCUGCCAAGUGAACGAUGGGUGUGUGUGCCGGCGAAACGAAGUCUGUCGUCCAGUGGAGUGCCCGUCAGGAUUCCAGAUUCAGGUGAUUUCCAGGAGCACGGGGAAUCCAGGAUCGUGCUGUACCAAGUUCAGAUGUGUCAAUGAGACUGGACUCACAUGUAUUUAUGAAAACAAGGAAUUUCAGAAUGGAGAAAGCUGGCAGAUUGAAACGUGCACAACAUGCACCUGUAAAGAUGGUAUCAGUCGAUGCCGUGUCAGCAGCUGUACACCACCACCUUGUGGUUGGAUGGUCAUUCCAGAGGGUCAGUGCUGUCCUGUGUGCAAAGGCUGUGUUAGCGACUCAGGAGGGCUGUACAACAACUCAGAUGUCUGGCGGGAAAAUGAUUGUGUUACUUGCCAGUGCCAGGAUGGUCAGGUUCAGUGCCAAGCAGAAAUGUGUGCCUCAGACUGUGUCCAUCCCAAAUACAUUCCAGGGCGUUGCUGCCCAGUGUGUGAUGAACCAGAUCCACUAGUCACAAAGAAAAUGUGUCCACUGCUAGAAAACUGUUCACUAGAUUGUCAACUAGGGCUAGACCAUGCUAUCAAUGGAUGUGUCAUCUGUCAGUGCAAAACAGAGUCAUGUGACCUUAAAUGUGCGUUUGGAAAAGCAGUUGAUGAGAGUGGAAUAGAACUGUGUCAGUGCAAUGCCUUGCCACCACGCUGUCCAGCACUAGAAGGUUGUCAGAAGAAGUGUAUGUAUGGCUACAAGAUUGGCCGCAAUGGCUGUGAGAAAUGCCGGUGCAACAGAUGCCCCCAGUUCAUCUGCCUGAAAAAGUGCUUACAUGGCUUCAUGUUCAGUGAGAAUGGAUGUCAGCUCUGCAAAUGUGCAGAUGCACCUUCAUUUGUGACUCCAUCUUUAUUAACACCCAACAUGAGUGCAGUAACCACCCUUGGGCUGUCAUGCAUGUCUUCCCUUGGUGUAAGACAUGAAGAUGGUGAAAUAUGGGAUGAUGGUUGUCGACUGUGUUUCUGCCAUAAUGGGUCAGAGAUGUGCUCCCUUCUGGCCUGUCCAGCUCCACGCUGUGACAACCCUGUUUUCCGGAUUGGUGACUGUUGUCCUUCUUGCCCAGGCAUAGCCCUAGUGCAACCUGGGGGUGAACGUGAGCUGUGUCAGUCUGCCAGCGGUGAAUACCAUGUAGAGGGGGAGUCCUGGGCUCUAGACUCCUGCACACAGUGUCUUUGCCAUGCAGGCACUGUUCUGUGUGAGUCCCCUGUCUGUCCCCCUGUUCUUUGCCACUACCCUGUAAAGCCUGCAGGCACUUGUUGUGCUGUAUGCAAAGAAGAGUCAAGCCUGAGCAUCAGCAUGUUGAUUCCGCGUCCAUGCAAAUCUUCCACUGGAAUGGUGUGGCAGCAUGGCAUGGUGUGGCGAGCAGGGCCUUGCCAGAGCUGCAGCUGUCAGGGUGGUCAGGUCAACUGCUACAGCCAGGUGUGUCCGCCACUCAACUGUAACAAGACGGUGCUACGUAAAGGCCAGUGCUGCCCAACUUGCUUAGAUGUUCAUCGACCACAAGUGUGUAUAACAGAUGGCACUAAGUACAGUGAAGGGGAGACAUUUGUGGCUAGCAACUGUUCCCAGUGCCUGUGUAAGGAUGGAGCCAUCACAUGUACCUCUCUACUCUGCCCACACCAGCCCUGCAGUGUCAUGAUCCGCAGGAGGGACCAGUGCUGUCCUGUGUGUUACAAUGGACUUGUUUUCCCAGAGGAUCCACCUCUGAACACUUCAGCUCCAGAUGGUCCUAUUAAAACAAUGGCUGAUAUACAGAUAUCCACCACAGAGACUCAUGUUCCAGUCAAUGACAGGAGCAAGCAAGAUAACUACGUGGUUGGGAUGGCAGCACUGGGUGUUUUGCUUUCAAUAGCUCUCAUUGCUAUUGUUAUUCUCACCCUCAUCCUUUUGCGUCGCCGCCACACAGGAAAGUUCAAAAUGGAAAAAGCAGGGAUGGGCAGAGACACACCCAUGAUGACAGAGGUAAAGAUUCGACCCAAGUCCACGAAUCUUGAACUGCAAGGUCACAUGCCUUUGUUAGACAGUCCAAGCAAGACAAUAAAUCUAGAGAAACAUUGCUAUGAGAAGUCAGCACUCUUGUUACCCAUGCUGACAUCUGAUUCACUCAAGUUAAAUGACCACUAUGCAGAUGGUCUAAAUGAUGAGAAGACAAUCAUUGGCAGUGGAAAUUUCAUUUCAAACAACAGGAGUUUUGAGCAAGUGUGAGAGGAGUUGCCUCAGCAAAGAUAUAUGGUCACUUUGAAUGUUCUUGUUACAUGAGAGAGUGCAGAAACUUUGAGAAAGUAUUGAACUUUUCUAUGCGUGUGGAGUUUCACAAGGUGCAGGUUGCAUGUUAGUUCCCCCUCCCUGGCUUCAAGUGAAUACUUUUUUUAUCUUCCAUUUUGAAUGUGGUAUUAAUUGCAAAAGGUAUUUUCCUGAUGUUAAUAACGAUGCAUGAUUUUCUAAUAAAAAGAAAUGCAGAAAUAUGCGAUAUUUAGUGACAAUUGUAAUUUGGUGCGUUGUACAUAUGUCUGUAGUUGACUGAUCAUUUAAGGUGCUUCAUGUAAAAUUCUGAAAAAUGGCUAUGUAAAGAUGCUUUAUGAUAAAAAUGAAACAUGUACAGUUGUGAACAAAUUCUAAACAUUUAACUUUAUGAAGAAACUUCUGAAAUCUUUUUUGAAACAUAUUUAGUGCUAAAGGGCUUUCUUUAAAAAAAGUUGUUUUCAUUUGCUUUCGUUACUACUACAUUAUCAACCCGUGCUCUCACGCUUGUUCACAUUUCUUCAUGAUCAUUAUUCUUUUCCUUGGCCAGUAUAGGGGGUAUGUCUUAGCUGCUAAUCAUUAUAUUAAGACAUUGUAGCCAUUGUUCAUUUUUUACAGGCUUUUAUUUAUAACUGCUACAAAAGUUAAAGGACUGCAUGUACUUUGAUCACUAAAAUUAUGAAGUCAUUCUUUUCAGGGUUUAUCCCAGUUUACUUAUUAUAUUGCAAGCCAUAUAGUGUCAGGCAGGGUAAUACCCUAUGAUGAAGAAAAAAGGUUACUAACCAAAAUGAAGGAGAAAUAUGGCAUGAUAUAUAUAUGGAACUACUUUAAUUAGUAUGCUGAAGUCUUUCUAAGAUCAUGCCAAAAAUAAAAGAUUAAUGAAGACAUAUUUUAAACAAUAGUUUCAGUACAAGAAUGUAUUUUUCUUCCUUAUGGAACUAGAUUUCAAGCAAUGUAAUUCUACCAAAAAAAAAUUGAUUCCACUUGUAAAUUUAGGAGCUCCUUUCCUUGAAUGAUCAAAAUUCCUAUAAGUGCAAAUACAUGCAAACUCAUCUGAAAAUAACAUCAGAACUGUGGUAACCUGUCAGCAACUUUAUUUCAUUGUUUCACUUGAGUCAGCCUUGGAAAAAUUUCCAUUCUGAAUAUCAAAUUCUAAUGUACCUACUCAACGGGUGGGGGUUGAGCCAAUGAUGUGAACGUAGACUUUUAAUUUUUUAAAUAUAUAUGCUUGAUAGGUUGGCUUCUUGUGUUUUUUAUUGCAUUGGAGUUUUCUCCUCUUAUCAUUUUUUUUAUUGAUCACUUUCAUUCUCCCAUCUGAUGAUGGGUCGAUUGUGUGUUUACGUGUAAAACAUACAUUUUUUCAUCAUUCUUUUGGCGGCUUCAGAAGGUUUUUCAUUGAUGUUAAGAUGACUUCUUUAUGGUUGGUGUUGGACCAGUGUACAGGUGUACAGUUCAGAAUGUGAUGAAGAGGUCAGCGUUCACAAAUUUCUAGUCACUGCUUGUUUCUUGUAUGAUAAGGGUUCAUUUUUUUUUUUGCUACAUAAUUAUGCUACAAGUGAAUGUUUAUGCCCACUCAUGCAUUUAGUCAAUGAUAUCAUUUGUCAGUAUGUUUAUGUUCAUGGAUGUUAUUGAUUUGUUCUUUCAGAGUGUACACUUGUGCUUUGUAUGUAUGCUUGUACAAAUGUACAUAACUUUUUCUAAGGGGGUUUCUUUUUCUUGAUGGGGUUUGGGUACUGUUGAUAGGGAAAUGGCUCAACUCCUAAUGGUGAGAAUUUUGGACUAUUUGUCACCAUCAUGUUAAUAUAAGAUGAUUGGGAACAAACUCAAUUCCUAGUGCUUUAUGCUCCAAAAGACUGUCUCGCUGAUCACUGAUGCUACAUAGUAUUACCUCUGUCUUUCCAAAUGAACAAAGAAUAACAUUUGAUUAACCAUAUUUUCACAAUCCUUUCAGGCUACUUUGUAGUGUAUUAUAGUUACAUAAACACAUAACAACAAAUCUGCAAAAUAUUCUUUUGCAACAAAAUGCAGUAAAAGGAGACUAAAAUACAUUUUAGAAAUAUUUAUAGAAAAAGCGUAAUCAAUGAGCUACACUUGUCACUAGUCUCUCUCUCACAAACAUUAUAGUAAAUUUUGUCACUUCUUUCAAAGGCUGCAAUCUUAUGACCUUUCUUGGUAAGUGACUCCUCUAACCCCAUAACUGUAUUGACUUGAAAACUUUGUAUCCUAAUACGCCUUUGCAAACUAUUUUGCUAUUAUUUAUUAUUAUCCUCACGUUUAAACAGCCUUAGAGUGUGCAGAGGCUGUGUUGCAUUAUUAAGUAUGUACAGCAUUCCAGUGAAUGUUCACUUCCUUUUUUUGCUUGCUUUAUGUUUGAUGCAGUCCUGAAUCUCAGCUUAAUAACAUAAUUUCUUCACUAUCAGUGUAUGCUGCUGGUCAGAGGGUUUCUUCGGAAUGUGAAAUACAGCAUUAAAUAAAUAGUUCUUGGCAAGAAAAUUGAUACUGAUACUAUAUGGGGCGAAAAAAUUGAUGCAUGUUUGAAAAAGGAUGCUUGGAUGAGAGCUAUAAUCCAGUAUAUAGGAAAUUAUUUAUAAAUUAAAUCCAGCCAGGUGUGGCACAUUGUUCGGCGUGUCUAUUUGUGAGUAUGAAUGUAUGAAGUUCCUGAACGUUACUGGAUUCUUUUCUUGUUUUUCUGACUUUCUCAUCAGUAUCUAUUGUUGAAUGUUGAGUUGCCUCCUGUACCUCCUAUUCUGUGCUGACAGCACCAAGAUUCUAAAAUGUUACACAUAUAUAUUGGUUGACUAAGUUUUUCAAAAGCUGUUAUUUCAGUGUCUAAAAUAUUAGAUAGAGGCAUCAAUAGAAUGAUAAAUGAAGCAGACUUAGAGACAGUGGGUGUUUACAGUUGAGUUUUGCUGGAAAUAAUUAAGGGGAUUUUUCUGUCAUAGAUUGCAUAGCUUAAGCUUCACGAGAACCUUUUCUGCAUCUGUGAACUACCAAAUUUCAUUUAAUUGUACAUUUCUAGAAUUUUUCAUAAAUAAUAUAAACCUAAGAAAACAUAGUUUGCUAUUUACUUUUGACUUUGGCCAAUUAUGAAUGAUAACAUUGGCGUUUGUGGGAGCAAGGCUUUUUAGACUUCUCAUAAACCCAGUCUGACUGGUCAUGAAAAGCCAUUGUUUUUGAAAUUUUCUGCUUUCUUUAGUCAUUUACUAUGUGUAUAAUGCAGAUGCUGAGGGGUAGCUGACAUCUUGUUACUUCUAUAUAUUUAGAUUAAAUUUGCCUACAUGAAUAUUUUUUUGCUAAUAAUACUGAAACACCUACGGCUGAAAUAGUUGAGCAGUUGUCUUAUAAAACACCGGCAGUGACAUGUGAAUGUUGCACCCACUCCAUGAAUAAGUUUUCAUAGAAGUCCAGGAAUUCAAAGUUUUUUUUAAGUGAACUGUCUCUUGUGGUUUCCUAUGGUUAUGUUCCUACAUAAUGUAUGUUUUUUGUUAGUAGGCCAUGCAAUCAUUUUCUUAGUGUUUGGGAUUACAGAAUAACAUUUAGGGGCAAGAAUAUUAGUUAUAAGAGAAAUGUAUGGACAAAUUUUGGAAGUCAACUGUUUACAGUUUCCAUAUCAUUAUUUUAAUAUCUUAAUUCUCCAAUGUUCAUUACUAAAGUCCCUCUUUGUAUAACUGACCAGAUAAAUCACUGUGAUAUACUGUCUCAUCCUAUCAGCUUUUUUUAUUGCCUUUGCCAUAGAUAAGUAGAAAUAUUUAGCAGCUUUAUCUGCACAGUGAUUUUUCUGGCAGUUAAAUCAAAUGUGACAGACUGCAGCUAUUGCACAUUGUUGAAAGGGGGUGUAUAAGGAACAUGCUGGUUGUAUGGAUGUGUCUGGUCUUGCUGUGUGGGAUCUCUUUCAAAUGAAAUGCCAGGAAUCAGACUACUGGAGAGAAUGAUAUCUUGAGCAUUAAUGAUGUAGCAUGUGGAGUAUGAAAAAAAGACAAAUCGUUUCUGGGAGAAGGUAUGAACACAUACUAAGGUAGUUAGGGUUGGUUGGUUAAUGAUAAUGCUGACAUUUUGGUUGAGAUGGUGGCUGUACAUUUUACAGAAAGCAAAAGCUGAUUUUAAAAAAAAUAGGCUUGGGACAUUGGUUUCUAAACAUUCUUUAUGGGCUUAUUCUUUAUCGCUGUCAUAAAAAGGAUUUGUUAGAUGCAUGUAUCAUGGUCUAGAUUCUAUAGAACUAAACUAUUCUAGAAGAAUAGUUCUUUCUUCCCUUUUUGCUCUUUAAACUUUGUAUUGUGGUAGGUAAACCCUGGCUUCAAGGAUAACAUAAAUUUUUAUUUUUUAUCAUCCUAGUAAUCUUAAAGGUUUACCCAUGAACUGAAGAACAUUUUUCAUUCUUGGGCAACCGCAUUGGGGGCUUGGUGUCCUCUAUUGUUGAAGUUACUGCUGUUCCCUGUCUUUCAUUGACAUUAAUACUUUUUCUUAUGAGUCGGGUCAGACUAGGUUUGGUAUUUCAACAGUAAGCCUUUCUGCAUGGGCCAACCAGUCUUUCAGUAUAAAUGAUGUGUGGUGGCAGGCUUUUGUUGCCUAACUAGGAUUAUCUCAUCAUCAACAUUUUUAUAUUUAUAUCUCAUUAUCUUCUUGAUAUCCAUUAAAUAAGUAUAUUUCUUGACACUAUGCUUGCCAUAGAUUUAAGAAAAAACUGUUUUGUAAAUUCAAUAGCACUUUAAGUAUUGUUUUCAUUGAAUUGUUAAUUUAUAUUAAUUUCAAAUUUCUUUUGGAGGCAACUCAGCAAUGAGUAUAUAUAAUGGGGCAAAAUCACAUUGAAACAUAUUGUUUAGUUGUGACUUUUUUAAGGGGAGUAUGAGAUGAAAUUUUUUGGAAAAUGCUUAAAAGUCAACAUGGAUCAUUACUGGUACGCUAUGAAUGUUUUCGUGGGCUUGUUGUGUGGCAGCAAGCCAGUCCACUGGUGUAUAUGUAGUCUUUGAAAAUUGUAUUUGUGACUGUUAAAACCAUCACUGACAUUUCACUUUUAGCCGAUGGUUGUACAUUUGCUUAGAUUAUGGCUGUGUAUAAGCACAUAAAACCUUUCCAAAAACUUACAUUUGUAUAAUUUGUCCGAAAUUUUCAUCAUUGAUUUAAAUUGUACGUUUUUGCUCCAUUUGUUGGGCCUGCUAGAUAUCCUUCCUCUUUGGAUUAUUAUUGAAUUUGCCUUGAUAAUGAUAUGUAGGUCUAUUUUUAUUUCCAUAACUGUAGUAGGUGAUGUCCUAAUGAUUAGUGAUUGUGAAACCAUCAUGUGUCAAUAUGAUUUGUCUUAUUUUUUGUACCCAUGUGUGAGUUUAGUUUCGUAAGGCACAUUUUAUGAAAUGGCAUAAAGUUUCUCCGUUCUUUUAUGAUGGAAUUUUUUUCAGUUUAUUUCCGAACUGCAGUUUCUUUGUAUUUGUACACUAUUGAUCUUGGCUUUCCUCCGAAUCUUUAGCUCUUUUGUGAUUAAGGAGCAGACUAUUCUUUGUGUUACUUUUCAAGUUGCUCUUCCCUAAAUUUUCUUGAUUCUCUAUUCAGCCCUAUUCAUGUUAUUUAUCAACCACUUAACAGGCUGAAAUGCCAACUGUACAUAUGCACAUUAAAACCAUGCAACAUACUUGACUUUUGACACAAUAAGUCACUGUCUACUCUGACCUCUAACAUUUCAUCACCUUCUUAAUUUUUCUUGUUCUGAACAACACUUUCGUUCAACUUUCAUUUCCUGUGACUUGGUCAGUGCAACACAUUUAAUAUAUAGUUGUUUUCCGUCUACCCCCAGUUCAGAACAGCAAAACUUGGUGCUUGUUUUCUGUUUUUCUGCACUGGUCGCUUUUGUUGGUUUGCUGGGAUCCAGAUUUCUUUCGUAGGCUUAUACUUUUGUUUAGCAUGAGGCAUGCUAUAUAUAUAUAUUUCUGAAGAUGGAGCUGUUAACUGUGUAUCGAUAUUGUGGUCUCUUUCACACUGUUUCCUGUUUAAAGCAUUUCUUGUGCUGGAGUCAGUUUAUCACGGAUCAUAGAGUUGGAUCUUUAUGUGACCCAAAAGCUUCUGUUAACAGUUUAAAUAUGUGUAAGUGAGUGUGUUUGUAUGUGCGCACAUGCAUAUGUUAAGAGAUAAAGGAAAUGAGCAGGAGGUAUGCAACAAGGAAGAAAAAAAUGGAAAUGUCCAUUUAUAUCUAAUGAUCAUGAGAUGUGUGUGAAGUAUGAGGUAAAUCUGUCCUGCUGAGCAUGCAACAGUACGUGGCUUGUCUGGAGUUGGCAGCUGAGUUUGUAGACAUGUCGGCCAGGCUUGACAGCUUUGUCUUUGGUACUUUAAUGUAAGUUUCAGUAAAAUUCUUCAAGUUAUA